UCCCUCAGUCAGUCCUGGGAACAUGAAGGACGCUUAGUGGGCAAAACCAUCUACAAGAUAAGAUGAGAUACAGGCAAACAUCCACACUGCUGGUGCGACACCUCCAAAUCAACAUGACACAGAGACAGAGUUCAGUCCAGUUUCCCACACUGAGAAGUUAUUAAAGCUUGGAUGUUAAUCUCUACAUUUAAGAAAUCUUUAUUAGUUUUCAUCUCUAGUAGUUUCUGGUUGAGAACCAACACUCACCAUGAAGUACAGGACGGUGGUGAUGUACAUGGAGAUCGGCUGCUUCGUGACCUGUCUGUGUGGAUGGAUCCUGGUGUGUUCAACUCUUCCAACCGAGUACUGGACUUUCUCUGAGGUUGGCAGCAUCGUGCUGACUACCUCCAACUACUACUCCAACCUGUGGAUGGACUGCAUCUCUGACACCACGGGGGUCUCUGACUGCAAGUAUUACCCCUCCAUGCUGGCCCUGCCUGCGUUCUUACACGUCUGCAGAGCGCUGGCAGUCUGUUCCGUUAUCUUUGGCUUCUUUGGUGGUGUCCUCACACUCAUUGGGAUGAAAUGCACAAAAAUAGGCGGGUCAGAGCUUGCCAAUGCGAGGGUGACCUUUGCAGGCGCUAUGACCUACCUGGUUUCAGGAUUCUGUGGUAUGGUCACCUAUUCAUGGUGGACCCACAGAGUUGUAUCAGAAUUCUUGAAUCCAAAUUUCAGAGCACAGAAAUUUGAAAUUGGAGCUGCUGUUUUUGUUGGCUUCGGAGGCACCAUCCUUAUCCUCUGUGGGGGGGCAGUGCUAAGCUUCUUCUCUGGAAAAGAAGGUCUACCAUCAGGUUCCUCAAACAGGCCUCGGAGGCCACAUACUUACGCCACUGCCCGGACCAGACGGACUUACAUGCUGCCGGCCUCGUCGUCCAGAGUGACUCUGGUGCCACCUCUGUUUUAUGAAGGCAGGAGGAGCCGAGGAGCAACGGCCACGCCAAAAACCGUCCGAACCUUCAACAGGGACAGCUUCGUCUGAGCCAGAGCAGAACUCUGAGCUCAGAAGGUGACUUUAAAGACUUUGAAGGAAUAGUUUGACAUUUUGGGAAAUACUCUCAUUGGCUUUCUUAGUCAGAAUGUGAUGAGACUGACAUCACUCUCAUGUCUUUCAGCUCAGUAAGAAGCCGGACGCUUCAGCCAGCUGGCUUAGCUUAGCAUAAAGUCUAGUAAUGAGGGGAAGCAGCUGGUUUCGCUCUGUCUGAUGGGUUUUGUUACUUUCAGACAGAACCAUGCUAGCUGUUUCCCCCUGCUCCCACUCCUCAUGUUAAGCUAAGCUAAGUAGCUGCUGGCUCUAACUUCAUAUUCAGUGCACAGCCAUGGCAGUGCUAUCAAUCCUCUCAUCUCUAGACAAGAAAGUAAAUAAGUAGAUUUCCCAAAAUAUCAAACUAACCCUUUAAUAAGGCUGGUAAUAUAUUUUAUAACAGCAGUAAAACACAAGCACAAACAUAUGCAAGCUGUGGUCAUAUUGUCAGUGUGCAAAGCAAUAAGUGUUGUUUUUAAAAACAUUUUGUAUUUA